GGUUGACCGGACAGGAUGCAGAUCCGCCGGAAGCACGGAACGUUCCGUGCCGGGCUGAAGAGUCUAGUCGUGGAGUACUGCUCGGAGAGUUCGGUGCACGGUGUGCACUACUUUCGGGGCCCCGAGCGCACCUGGUACGAGAAGCUGGUGUGGAUACUGGUGUUUGCCCUGUCGGUGGGCAGUUGCUUCUGGUUGAUUCACGAGGUGUACCACAAGUGGAGCGACACGCCGGUAAUCGUGAGCUUUGCCGAGAAGUCCACACCGGUGUGGCAGAUUCCGUUUCCGGCGAUCACGAUCUGUCCGGAGGUGAAGACCUCGUACGGGGAGAUGAACUUUACGCGACAGUAUCUUAACUAUGUUGGGAAGAGGGCCGGUGAGCAACGGCAUGAUAAUGGAACCGACUCCCUGCUGGCGAUUAUGCAACUCUGCGAACGAUCCAUCUACGACCGGUUGCUGAACCAGUCGCAACCCUUUCCAGACAAGAUCUCAGGCGAAAGCUACGGCUCCAUCAUUCGGCGGAUGAAGAUCCCCCUGAAGGACAUCGUGCUGUACUGUUCGUUUUAAAAUAAUUGGAUUCCUUGCGAACAGUUGUUUUCGUACACCAUGACCGACGAAGGAGUUUGCGUAACUUUCAACGCCUUGUCAGCCUCGGACAUGCUGCGCAAGGAGAACCUAACUCCACUGGAACCAUACCUCUCCGAAAACAAACCCAGCGAGCACUGGACCCAGGACGGAGGCUACACGGCCCAAUCCGACCUCGAUUCGUACCCCUAUCGCGCACUUCGUCCAGGCCAACUAGCCGGACUCAAGGUAUUCCUCAGGUCCGACCGUCGCAACCACGACUUCCUCUGCCGCGGAGCGCUACGAGGCUUCAAAGCGCUCCUCCACCCCAACAACGAGUACCCCCAGCUGACAAGCCAGUUCGUCCGAAUCCCCAUGAACCAGGACGUAAACAUCGCCGUCAAGCCGCAAAUCAUCACCACAACCCCCGGCCUGCACCACUACAGCCCGGAACGGCGCCAGUGCUUCUUCAACCACGAGCGCUACCUGCAGUUCUUUCGCGAGUACACCCAGGACAACUGCGAGCUGGAAUGUCUGACCAACUUCACGCUGUCCCACUGCGGCUGCGUUCGCUUCUCGAUGCCCCGCAACGGGACGACGCCCGAGUGUGAAACCAAUCAGAUGGAGUGCAUGAUGGGUGCCGAGCAGCGCUACCUGGAGAUGGACUUUCGGAGUCGUAGGGGGGAUGAACCGAUCAACUACCACGACGACUGUAACUGCCUGCCGGGGUGUGCCUCGGUGCAGUACGACCUGGAGAUUACGCAGACGGACUUUGACUGGAAGGGGUGGCUGCAGAACCUCAAUCGGAGCACUAGGAGUGCCGAUGAUGGGAUUGAGCUGGCGUUGUUUGAGGUGUACUACAAGGAGGCGCAGUUUAUGACGUCUAAGCGGAGUGAGCUGUACGGGUUGACGGACUUUUUGGCCAAUUGUGGAGGGCUGCUGGGGCUCUGUAUGGGGGUUAGUUUGUUGAGUUUGGUGGAGCUGGUGUACUUUUGUGUGGUGAGGCCGGUUACACUGUGGAGGCAGAGGAGAGAGCAGGUCAACGAGGAAGAGCAGUCGCAGGGGAUUUCGAUGGUGGCUAGGGAUAAUGACGACUAGGUUUA